AUGGCUACCACCACCUCGACGCCGGCGGCCAAGAACCCCGUCCUUCGCCGCACCGUCACUUCCACCACCACCGAGACCGACGCCUCGGUCCCUUCGACUGCCGUGGGCUCUCCUGCCGACUCUCCUCGCCCCUCGGCCUCCUCGACCUCCCUCUCUUCCCUGGCGUCCGAGGAGCCCGUCAAGAAGGCCAACUACUCCAAGCUGUACGACACCUACGGCAACGAGUUUACCCCUCCCGAUUUCACCAUCAAGGACAUCCACAAUGCCAUCCCGAAGCACUGCUUCGAGCGCUCUGCCCUCAAGGGCUUUGCCUACAUCGGCAGAGACAUCCUUUGCCUCGCCACCACCUUCUACAUCUUCCACAACUACGUGACCCCCGAGUACAUUCCCUCCAAGGCCGCUCGCGCCGGUCUCUGGGGCUUGUACACCGUUCUCCAGGGUCUCUUCGGCACUGGCCUUUGGGUUAUCGCCCACGAGUGCGGUCACCAGGCCUUCUCUCCCUCCAAGACGCUGAACCACUCCGUCGGCUGGGUCCUCCACUCGGCUCUUUUGGUCCCCUACUUCAGCUGGCAGAUUUCCCACAGCAAGCACCACAAGGCCACUGGCCACAUGGAGCGCGACAUGGUCUUCGUUCCCCGCACUCGCGAGCAGCACGCUUCUCGCGCCGGUCGUAUGGCUCACGAGCUUGCUGAGCUGACUGAGGAGACCCCCAUCUUCACCUUCCUCAUGCUUGUCGCCCAACAGCUCGUCGGCUGGCCCAACUACCUCAUGACCAACGUCACUGGCCACAACUACCACGAGCGUCAGCGUGAGGGCCGCGGCAAGGGCAAGCACAACGGCUACGGCGGCGGCGUUAACCACUUCGACCCCGCCAGCCCCAUCUUCGAGGCCAAGGAUGCCAAGCUCAUUAUCAUGUCCGACAUUGGCCUUGCCAUUACCAUCAGCGCCCUCGUCUUCCUCGGCAACAAGUUCGGAUGGUCCAACCUCUUGGUCUGGUACUUCAUCCCCUACCUUUGGGUCAACCACUGGCUCGUUGCCAUCACCUUCCUCCAGCACACCGACCCCACCCUCCCUCACUACACCGGCGAGCAGUGGAACUUUGUUCGUGGAGCUGCUGCCACCAUUGACCGCGAGAUGGGAUUCAUCGGCCGCCACCUUCUCCACGGCAUUAUCGAGACCCACGUCCUCCACCACUACAUCAGCACCAUCCCCUUCUACAACGCCGAUGAGGCUUCCGAGGCCAUCAAGCCCGUCAUGGGCAAGCACUACCGCUCCGACGUCAAGGACGGCCCGGUCGGUUUCAUCAAGGCUCUGUACAAGUCCGCUCGCAUGUGCCAGUGGGUCGAGCCCAGCGCUGAGGCUCAGGGCGAGGGCAAGGGCGUUCUGUUCUUCCGCAACCACAACGGCCUCGGCACUCCCCCCAUCAAGGGCGAGGUUUCUUGA